CGCGUGUGUUGUUGUGUUGUUUGUGUUAAUGUACCAAACAUACCAAGUGCAUACCUGUCAACUGAAAUAGCUUCCGUUCCUUAAGCGAGAAGGCAUCUUUCUACAACACAAGGUGAGGAUGCAAACAGCCAAUGAUGAUGAUGGUCAAACAGAGUCAGAUUCAUCAUCGCCAUUAUUCACACCAGAAGGUUCUCCAUCGCCUUCUCCCGCAAAAGAACAUGUCAAGGUAGCCUUACAAGAAGCGCCUUUUGUUGAAGGUUUAUUUCAUUUUAAUCAAUUUUUAUCAUCUGAAGAAUGCCAAGAAAUUGUGGAAAAUGUGAUUGAUUGUCAUUAUUUCAACACUGAUCAAGGUCGUGAUCAAGCUGUUCUAUUUGGAAUGCGGAAUAACAGCAACAGCAAGGAACACGAUGAAAGUCAACCCAACGGAUUGCCACAUUGGGCACAAAUGCUAUUAAGAAUGAUUGAAGAACGCUUGAGGGUAACAUACAAGGAUACAAUAAACAAAGAUAUACUUGAUAUCUUAUACAACCCUUCUCCCGAAACAGAGUAUACAAGACAAAUGAUCUUAAACAUUUAUACUCCCGGUCAAGGAAUUGCAGAUCAUAUAGAUAUUCCACAUAGAUUCUUAGACGGGAUAAUGAUUUUAUCCUUUGGCAGUGGAAUAUCGAUGGAUUUUGCUCCAACAAAAAAUAAAGAUGGAGAACAAGCAUUUAGCCUUUAUUUACAGCCAGGUUCGAUUUGUAUAUUGACAGGCAAAAGUCGUUGGGAAUGGACACAUGGUAUUCCCGCACAAACGUACGAUCUCGUUCAUAAUAAGCAAACGGAUCAAGUACAUCGAAUCGAAAGAAGUGCUCGAUUCAGCAUUACCAUAAGAUGGCUCAAGAUUCAACCAGAAUCAAGCACUAACACUAAUGACGACAUAGCACAAUCAAACCUUCGAAGUCAUCAAACGUAAAUUGUAACACUACUCAAUCUGUACUAUAUAC